CAUAUACACAUCGUCGUUAUACAUUAUAUAUGUAUACAGGUAGGAUAGGACGAGGUCGGUGGUCCUAGGCAGCUCCCCAGGGCCCGCGGCGGUAAGCGACGAAAAAUAAAAGCUCUCUCCCCACUUCGGCGCGCGCACACGAACACACACACACGCACGCACGUACGUACUAUUUAGUAUUAACUAUUAAUCGUAUUACGCGCGCGCGCUCGCUCACACCAAUACACAUUCACGUACGACUUUUAUACCGGACCGAAAGGGACCAAAAAAUCGCACGGAUCGUCCGCGAUCGUUUCGCACUUCGACGACCAGGGUACACGCCACAGCUCUAUUCGAAUUUUGAUAUCUCUGCAGUGAUUCGCCGUCGAACAUGGGUAACGAAAAUUCACUGCCGAUGGAGCUGUGCUCGAACUUCGAUGCCGACGAGAUCAGACGUUUGGGCAAACGGUUCCGUAAACUCGAUCUGGACAAUUCCGGUGCUUUGAGUCUAGACGAGUUUCUAUCGCUGCCCGAACUCCAACAGAACCCGCUCGUUCAAAGAGUUAUCGACAUAUUCGACGAAGAUGGCAAUGGUGAAGUAGAUUUCAAAGAGUUUAUUCAAGGAGUGUCUCAAUUCAGUGUGAAGGGAGACAAAGAAUCAAAGUUGCGGUUUGCGUUUAGAAUCUAUGAUAUGGAUAACGACGGAUACAUUUCAAAUGGUGAAUUAUUUCAAGUAUUGAAAAUGAUGGUUGGAAAUAACUUGAAAGAUACUCAACUUCAGCAAAUUGUUGACAAAACUAUAUUGUUUGCGGAUAAAGAUGAAGAUGGCAAGAUUAAUUUUGAAGAAUUUUGCUCCGUUGUUGGCAACACAGACAUACACAAAAAGAUGGUUGUUGAUGUUUAAAUUGUAAGUUUUAUCCAACUCCAGUCAAUAUUAAAAGUAAAAAAUCAAUUCACGUUUAUAUGAAUACAUACAUACUAUCUCAUCUCCCUUGAACAUUUAAAUAAUUUUUUUAGUAAUCUUCCGUCAUUGUGAUACGUUAUUAAUCUUUGUUACUGAAAAUUUAUUCUCACAACAAUUGCUUUUUCCUUUAAAUUCUAGCACCAUUUAUCUUCCUUCUCAAGCCUGUGUAAUACAUACAAUCAAAAACACAAAUAUACAUAUUUUAUAUAUAUAUAUAUAUAAAUUAUAAGUAUACACAUGUCACGCUACAUACAUAUAAUGUAUUAUAUAUAAAUAAUUAUUGUUAUAUUCUUAAUUAGUUUUAUCAAGUCUUUGUAUUAUUUUAUUAUUUUUUUUUUUUAACAAGAAAGAGUUGUAAAUUAAAAGUUAUACUAAUUGAAUAACUCUGUUCUGAUAAAUACUUAUCAACAGAAUAGUUCAUAAAAUCUAUGUAUAAUUAUUAAUUACCAUUUCAGUUGGCACUGAACAAUGAAAGAGAACUUUAAUAAUUAUAGUUUUUCAUUUUUUUGUUAUGUUAAUCUUUGUACUAUAUUUAUUACUAUUAUUUUAUUUAUAAAUGUUAAAUGAAAAAAUAAAUGAGAAUAACUUUAUUUUUUCUAACUACUAGAAA